CCGGGCGGGCUGCGUCCCCAGCCGCCGCCGGUUCCCGGGCUCGCCGAGCAGGGGGCGGCCGGGCAGCGCCCGGCGGCAGGAGCGGGGCCGGGGUCCGACCGCGCGGGAUGGAGCCGCCGCCGCCCCGCGCCGGGGUCCCGAGCCGGCCCUAGCCGCCGCCCUCCCCCCCGCUGAGCCGGGAGGCGCCGCCUCAGGGACCGGCCAGACGCCGGGAAGGGGGCCCCGGAGACGGGCCGGCUCAGCCCUCGCUGGCGCCGCGCCUGGGCCGGGGGCGCAUGGAAGAGCCCCCCUUUCCAGCCGGCUCCGCAGCUAGCCGCCCGCCGGACUGAGCCCUGGGCGCGUCCCGGGGACUCGGCCGAGGGCGCCGCCCCAGCCCUGCCUGCCCCGGGCGCAGUGGCCGGGGAGCCCGCGCUGCCGGGGGGCUCGGGGACCGGUCGGGGGAGUAGCGGCGUCGCUUGCAGGGGGCUGGGCGGAUUUACACCGGGCUCCGGAUUCCCCUGGGGGGGAACCUGGAUGUGAUUUGUUCUUCUUCCCACCGGCCGGCCGGCGAGAGACCAGCCCGCCGGGCUGCGCCGCUGGGCGCCCCCACCCGCGGGGCCCCUGGACAGCUGCGACUCGUGCUUGGCCGGGGGCAGAGAGCCCUGCCCGCUCCGGAUCACUGCGGUGCCAGCGCCUCCACCUCUUCCACGGAUGGAUGGCCACCUCAGGGGCUGUGUGGUGCUGCAUUGUGAAUCUGAAUGGAGAAUGCAUUACUUCAAGGACUCCAUACUCAAAUGAACCACUAAUGAAAGAGCAUUGGAGUCCUGAAAAGAAGCAGAGACUGGAACAAGUUUAACAGUCAAUUUGAAGGUCAAUUUAAAGGUUUUUCUACUAGGAGACCGAGACACAGUGAAGCAUCAACCAGUGGAAUCCGAGAGCUGACAGCAGGCCUGAGCCAAGGUGAGGGAUCGGAGGUUGAAGCAGACCAUUCUUACUGCACUGGAGAGAUGGAAUUUCGUGCCACUUUUCUGAACAUUCCUGCCCUAGAGGUUUGCUAUCUUUCUUACAAUGGAAAGGCUGGCUAUCUAUCUACUGGUUAUUAGCACUGCUGUGAAGGCUAUGAUGUGUCCAAAACGGUGUAUGUGUCAAAACCUGUCUCCAUCCUUCACCAUCCUCUGUACGAAGACUGGGCUUCUCUUUGUGCCCCCCAGCAUUGACAGGAGAACAGCAGAACUAAGAUUAAUGGAUAACUUCAUCACCACACUUAGAAGAAAGGAUUUUGCAAACAUGACAAAUCUUAUUCACUUGACACUAUCAAGAAAUACAAUAAGUCAAAUCAUGCCUUAUGCGUUUUUUGAUCUUAAAGGCCUUCAUGCAUUACAUUUGGAUAGUAACAGACUGACUUGUAUCAAUGAGGAUCAUUUCAAAGGUUUAAUUAAUCUUCGCCACUUAAUACUCAGUAACAAUCAAUUGAACUAUAUUUCUCCUGGAUCUUUAGAUGACUUUAUUGAAACACUUGAGGACCUGGAUCUAUCAUAUAAUAAUCUUGUUAAUAUUCCUUGGGAUACAAUUGGAAAGCUUUCUAAUGUCAAUACCAUCAGUUUGGAUCACAACCUCAUUGAGUUUGUUCCAGAAGGAAUCUUCUCAAACCUUCACAAACUUGCUCGAUUAGACAUGACAUCCAACAAAUUGAAAAAAAUUCCCCCUGACCCCCUGUUCUCCAGAAUCCCUGUGUAUGCUAAAUCUAAAGGGUCUCCAUUGUCCUCUCUGGUGCUUAGCUUUGGAGGGAAUCCUCUACACUGCAACUGUGAAUUAGUGUGGUUGAGACGCCUUACCAGAGAAGAUGAUCUAGAAACAUGUGCCUCACCACUGGAAUUGAUGGGCAAGUACUUUUGGUCCAUUAAAGAGGGGGAGUUUGUCUGUGAACCUCCAAUGAUAACACAUCGAACGCCAAAACUCGUGGUUAUGGAGGGACAGAGUGUCUCUUUGAAGUGCAAAGCGGUCGGUGACCCGGAUCCCUAUGUUCGCUGGAUCUCCCCCGAGGGGAAGUUGGUCUCCAAUACAUCUAGGACAAUUUCCUAUGAGAAUGGAACUCUGGAUAUUUUAACUACUACUUUGACAGAAAAAGGUACAUUUACUUGUAUAGCAUCAAAUGCUGCAGGAGAAUCUACGGCUCCUGUUGAACUUGUUGUUAAUCCUUAUCCUCAUCUUGCUAACAGUACCAACUGUGAGAAAGAUGCUGAGUCUGGGCCUUCAGACAUUCUUAUAUCUGCUAAGUCAAGUUUCCCUAAUGAAACUAAAGCUCAGCAGGAGAAGAAGGUUGUGGUUGCUGAGCUGACCUCAUCCUCUGCUCUCAUACAGUGGCCUUCCCAGCAUCAUAUUCCUGGAAUACGAAUGUACCAGAUUCAGUAUAACAGCUCUUCUGAUGAUAUACUAGUUUACAGGAUGAUCCCGGCCAUUAGCAAAUCCUUCUUCCUGACAGAUCUGGUUGCAGGACGUGAGUAUGACCUUUGUGUUCUCGCUGUUUAUGAUGAUGGAUUGACAUCUCUAACUGCAACCAAGGUGAUUGGGUGUGUGCAGUUCACUACACAGGAAGAAUAUAAGCAGUGCCGCUCUCUUCAUGCCCAGUUUCUUGGAGGAACCAUGAUCAUCAUUAUUGGUGGAAUAAUUGUGGCUUCUGUUCUUGUUUUCAUCUUCAUUCUCCUCAUGAAGUAUAAAGUCUACAACAAUCACCACAAAAAUAAAAAUACUAAAGUUAAUAAUGUCUGCUCUCAGACCAAUGGUAGUCAGAGUGGGUCAAUGGCUCGUUCUGCUUCCAAACUCACAGAGAGACGGGAAAGUUUGCAUCAGGAAUGCUCAGGAACUUCCAUCAAAGGCAAAACUGUUGUAGAUUUGGAUUGUGAAAGAGUGACUCUUACUGACACAACCUUUUUAACAACUGAAGCAUUAUCUCAAUAGCAAUGUGACAAAGCAGGACACACCACAUGAGCCAAGGUGGUAUCGCUUAAAACAUUUUAAUGCGAGUGGUUGUAUUUUAAGCUUCACUACUAUUGUCUAUUUUUAAGAUCAGAUGGUUUAAAAAAUAUUUUUUUAAUCUGUAAAACAGUUCCUGCAUUCUUAAAUAUUUUUGUUUCAAUAUAUUAAAUAUAAAGUGUGUGAUUUACAAGAUUUUUUUUUACUGUUUCUUUUAUAGCUACACCUGUGGUAUUGAAUCAGAAGCAUAACUAUAUUAUGACUAGGUUUGUCUUUAGUAAAAAUGCACUAUUAAUUCAUUCAGUUACCAACUGGCAGCAAGACCAACUCUCAGGAACCUCAAACUUCUCUGAUAGUAGAGUCAUUUACCAGUUCAACUACCGAGCUGUUAAUGAGCAAUGAAAUGUUAUAAAGAGUUCUCAGCUUGUUAAUCCUGAGACGUUCAUCAGUCUGUGUGCACUGUAUACAUGUCAUCCACAAAAGAAAAAGCUAAAGGUUCCUCCGUGGACAAAAUACUACUCCAAAUAAGGAAAAGAAAAUUGAAGGAUUUUGACAUCAUCUCGCACUAUUCAUUGGUACGGAAUUGCUGGCAUAUAUUGUUUGCUUUGUAAAGGCUGGUAUUAUUCAAGACUGUGCCUUGAAGACCCUUCUCUUUCUUUUCAGUUAGAUUUACCUCACCUUAGACAGGGAGGAGCUCCCACUUUUGUCCUUCCUAAUUUAAGUCUUCAGAAAACUACUUAAAUUAGAAAUGGUGUGUUGUGCACAUCUUUUGCUACACUGGAAACUGUGUCCUAGUCUCCCACUCUCAAAUUGUGUCAAGUGUCAACCAAGUUAAUCUCUCUCUUUUUGGUAUGUUUUUAGAGGGAGGACCCACGAGUUAAAGCUCCACUGCAUCUUCAGAUAACAUUGAUAACCAAACUCUUUAUUUCUGUAGUACUGCAUGAAGCGUAAUGUAAUUGGCCAAAGGAUUAGCUAUGUAAAUGUUUAUGUGCAAUUCAUUUUAACAAUUCAUAUUUAAUAAUUAAAUCUUUUUGUUUAAAGGCGUACUGUCAGGUCAAAAUGAGUCCCCAAAUUAGGUGUUUGUAAUGACUUCCAACAAAACCUAAGAGCAAUCCAUGAGUUUAAAUAAAUUGUUGAAUUAAACAA